AUGUCAUUCAGCUUUGGAAACACGGCUGGUGGGGAGAAGAAGACGGGCACUCUUUUUGGAAGCACCACAGCACCAGCUGGUGGUCUGUUUGGUCAAUCGCAGCAGCAACAGCCACAGCAGUCAAACGCGACACAGUCUGGCAGCCUCUUCGGGUCAUCGACCGCCCCCCAGAAUAACAAUAACAACAACAACAAUAGCUUGUUUGGAUCAACACAACCACAGCAACAGAACUCCGGAUCGAGCUUGUUUGGCCAGCCGCAACAACAGCAACAGCAGCAAAAUGCAGGUUCGAGUCUAUUCGGCCAACCCCAGCAGCAGCAGCAGCAGCAGCAACAACAACAGGGGCAACAGCAACAGCCAAACAUGGGCAAUAGCCUAUUCGGCGCCUCGUUGCAGCCAGCACCUGUUCUCAACAAUGUACAGGCGCAAAGCGUUCAGCAACAGCGCGAAGGGCUUCCGCAACUGCGCCAGUCUUCUGCACAACCUUUUGCUGGCUCUGCCUACAUGACCGGUCACAGAGAGAAGUCGGUCAUCGAGCAGAUACGGAUUCUCAACAACAAGUGGGACCCCGAGAACCCUGAAUGCGUCUUCCAAUACUACUUCUAUAACUCGGUCAAGCCCGAAGAAGCGCCCUUCUACGGGCCCUCGCAAGGCGAAGACGAACGGAAAUGGGAGGAGGCUUUGUCAAAGAAGCCAAGCCCAGGUGCCAUUCCUGUGCUUGCCCGCGGCUUUGAACAGGUUGGAGAACGCAUCAAGCAACAAGCAGCUGCCGUCACCGCGCUCCGGACCAGACUGCACGAGAUCAACAACAGUCUGUCACUUCUCAAAGACGCGCACGAGCUGACUGUAGCUUCGCGCAUCACUGAAGCAAAGCGGAAGCACAUCGUUUUCACACAACGAACACUAGCCCUUGCAACCAAGGUCCAGAUCCUGCGUAACCGAGGAUACGUCAUGGAUCAGCCAGAGGAGGACCUGAAGAAGAAGCUCAUCGAGUUGGAGAAGCAGACGUUCGAUCCCGUACUUGGCGGGCGGCAAGAAGAGAUCUGGGCGCGUAUGUCUGGUGUGCGCGAGCGGGCGCGUAUCCUUCAGGAGGAGACCGAAAAGCUGGGCAAAACAAUUGAGCAGCAACAAAAUGGUGAACUCCUUACAGAUGAAGAUCAAAAGGCACUAGAGAAGCUGCUCAAAGACUACGACCGACAACUCGAGCACCUCAAGAAAUGGGUCGACGACACUAGAGACGAGUACGAUGAAUGGGAGACGGCGCAGCAAUCAAGGCCGACAAAGCGAUAA